AUGAAGUUCCAGUUUUCCAACUUCUCGUCUAGCACCCAGUACCCUUCAACACUCCUCUUCCAAAUGCGGUGGUCGAAAACCAAACGAGAGGAGCGGGAUUCCCCAGAGCAGCUCAUUCUUGGCAGCAUGAACCCCAAGAUGUGUGCGUUGCUUAACCUCGCCGUGUACAUUGAGGCAACAUCGAAUAUGGCAAGUUCUGAGUAUUUGUACGGCAAUCCCAAAGACGGAGACCGUAAUGUACGACGAUUUUUAAAAGAUAUGGUUGGUAAUGAAGCCUUCAAGAAGCCUAAAUUGUGA